AUGGCCACCACCCUACCGACAGGUCCGAUAGCUUCAGGCCAUUCUCUAUUCGAGUUUGGGUCCGAACGUAUGCCAGACUCCAUGACACCGCUGGCAACACCUGAUCCAACUGUUAGCCGUCUUCCACAAAUACGGAAUUGGCUUGCAAAACUCGUGUUAUCCAAGAACCCCGAUCCCUCGUCUUCAGUUCUUGCACCUUACACACAUAUGGACCCAGAUCCGACUACGACCAAGUUAUCGAUGGCUACCAUACCCAAGGAUGCCAUCUUACCAACAAAGGGAUAUUUCGGCCACCUGCAACAGAAACCUGAAUGUACAGUGUCCAAUUGUAUCCUUGAUAUGCUCACUGAUUGUUUCCUGCGACCAUAUAGAAACCUCUGCGCACAUCGCUGGCUUAAUAUCAUUGCCCCGAAUGGCACAUCUGGUGACUUUAAACUAUACUUGAACGCACUGUCGAAAGACAGUCAACUGAACUACGAACUAGAGGCUGCGGCGCUUGUCAAAGACUGGACGUGGACUGGGAAUACCGUGUACAAGCAGGGCAUGGGUUGGAUUGGCGUGGGCGGUGCAUCGUCGUCAUUGCUUUUGUAA